AUGAAAGGAAUAUUUCCCUUAUUUGCACUGUGUUGCAUUCUUGAGUUACACCUAAUACAGGGUUAUGACAAAUCAUGCAACACGGAUCUUGUUCGGGACAGUUGUUUAGAAGAUGAGCUACGAACAACCAUCAUAUACAUUGCACCAGAAUUUUUCGUUGGUUGUAUACCUUCACCACGUAAUGAAAAGUGUGUUUUAAUAGAUUUCAAUGUCAGGGGUUGGAGAUGCCCUGGCGACACUCUCCUAGCUGCAGAUUUCCCAGGUCCAAAUGGCGGGACAAUACUACGAUGCUGUACGAAGAAAGGUUUAAAAAUAAAGAGCUGUAUUUUGGACUCUACUAUCUUCACCUUUAAAAACAACUUUGCAACAAGGCCUCCAAAGGGUUUUCAUCUCAAGGGUCGAUCAAGCGUGGGAGACCCGACCAACCCAAUGGCAUCUAGGUAUGAAUUCUGUUCCCUGCAGCCACGAUCUCAUCAAUAUGGAUGACGUGAACUCAUCCCUGCGUACCUACACCAUCAGUAAGGGAAGACAACAGACUCGAUCUUCGUGUUUUUAAUACUUAGACAGCAAUGAUCACAUAGUUCAUUGUAUCAAUAAAAAUGAUGGUUUACCUUAA